AUGUCCGAACCAGUGAAGCGACGCAGGCGGCCCGCCGUGGCCUGCGUUCUUUGCCGCAAGAGGAAAAUUAAAUGCAACAGAGAAUUCCCGUGCAACAACUGCAUUCGGUCGAGAACAGGCGACUGCGUGUAUGAGACGCGACCUGUCGAGACGUCUGAACCACCACGCAGUGCGCCCGCGAACACCAACUUGAGCGGGGGACAAUGGAAGCCGCACCAGCAGGCCAUCCUCCCCAGUCCUUAUCCUCAGAUCAGCGCAGCGAAAUCAAACCUCGGAUCUGAUGAUUCGAGUCCCAAUUCCACGCAGUCGCCACCACUCCCAAACUCUUCGCAUGAAAAUGAAGCAAACCGACUACGGUCAAGGAUUCGAGAGCUCGAAGACCAGUUAUCGAGAGUCAGCAUAGAGUCUAGCAGCUCCAGCCCCCUCGCAACUUGCGAAACCCCCAUCGGCAAUGGCGGUCCGAUGAUUGCGCGGAGCAUGAUGCACAAGACAAGAAUGUUUGGUCAGAGCCACUGGUGCGUGACUGGUGUUCUUUUGAUUCGCGACAUUUUCGAAACCAUAGAUGCGCAGCUGCAAGAACGCGGUGCCAAGGCCUGGGCCGGCAUCGCAAGAUGCAAGAUGCUGGCUCGAUUCAUUAAAGUCAGGCGAUCGCCCGCCUGGCCUGCUUUACGAAAUUCUCCCCUGCCUGAAAAAUGCGUUGCUGACGCGCUGGUGAAAAACUACCUGGAAAAUAUGGAAUUACUGUACCGCGUACUACAUAUUCCCACAUUUCAGGAGCGGUACAACGCGCUGUGGACAUCAGACACGACGCCGGACCCAGCCUUUCUCGUCCAAGUCAAGCUUGUGCUGGCGUUGGGCGCCGUCACAUAUGACGAGACCUUUUCGCUGAGGACAUGCGCCAUGCAGUGGGCUUACGAGGCACAGACAUGGCUAACGGAGCCCAAGUUCAAGGCUCGACUGGACAUUCAGACAAUACAAACGAAUGUUUUACUCUUGUUUGCGCAGGAACGGCUUGGAAUCAUUGGGGAUUCCAUGUGGAUUUCCGUGGGAGGACUGGUACGCCGUGCCAUCUACAUGGGCCUACAUCGAGACCCUGCUCGACUACCCGACAGGACUAUACUCGCGUGUGAGAUGCACCGACGACUGUGGAAUACCAUAAGCGAGUUGAAUCUUCAAUCAAGUCUUGGCUCCGGCGGUCCUGUCUUCAUGUCUAUGAGCGAUUUUGACACGCUGUCGCCUGGCAAUUUCGAUGACGAGCAGUUACUCGAGCUUGAUCCUGUCCCGCGGCCACCGCACGAGUGCACACAGAUGACCAUGGCAUUGGCGCUACGGGAGACAUUCUCACAGCGUCUGGAUGCUCUGCGAUUCUUAAAUGACGUGUCUUCUGGCGGAUCCUACGAAGAGACCCUACGCUUAGACGCGGAGCUGCGCGCAAGCUACAAGCUGCUAGGUCGACGCCUUCAGUCGUGCCGCGGGCAAGGCGCCAAAGCAUCGUUGACUAACAUUGAGCUCCGCAUUCUGGACAUCAUCAUGUAUCGAUACCUAACAGCACUGCACGUGCCCUACUUUGUCGCGGCGAUGGAAGAAGCCAAAUACGCCUACUCGCGGGCCGUUGUGGUGGACUGCGCUCUGAAGGUAUGGACCUCGCUGGCCGGCAGCACAUCGAUUCGCGGCGGCGUGUCGGCUGCGCACUCACCACUGCCGUUUGAAGCGACGGAUUAUCUGCGGCGGCAGGUGACGCGCGGCAUGGGCUUCUUUACGAUUGCGGCGAUGCACUCGGCGUUGCUCGUCGUCAUGGAACUCCGCGCGCAGCUCAAGGAGAGCGACGGGCUCGGGCCCAAGCUGCUCCGUCCAGAUCUCCUCGCCGUUCUGGAGCAGAGUCAGGAAUGGUCUCUCGAGGUCAUCCGCGCAGGGCACACCAACGUGAAGGGAUAUCUCUUGCUGCGCAUUAUUGCGGAGCACGUUGACGGCAUAUCGCAGAACCUAUCGCAAGAGGCGCUCGUCGAGAAUCUAUUGCGCGCGGCUACGGAGGUGUCGGAGACAUGUGGUGGCCUGCUGACAGAGAUGGCUGAGAAGCUCACGGGGGGAGAGAGUAGUGUGAUGCAGCCGGCUGCGGCGGCGCCGAUGCCGACGCCGCCAGACAUGAGCGGGGAUUGGGCCUUUACAGGCCUGGAUGAGUUGCUGGCUUCUACCGAAUCAAAAACUGAAGGCUGGCCAGCCAGUUACGGCUACUCUAUGGACGAGUUUGAAUGGGCCAUGUUUGACGGCUAA